CACCACUCCUCGGCGACGAUACGUUCUGUUGAAGUAAGGCGCACAACCUUAUUUCUUUUCUGGUUCACCUUGAACCUUCUGCUCCAUCGAGUGACUCAUACCCUAUCGCUUGGAAGACAUGCGUAUGCCGCCUUACCAAAAUAUAUGGGCUGGAGUGAGAAGUCUUCUCACCUGUGGCAGAACUCUGUUGGGUGCGCCUCGCGUUGAACAUGGUUCGCCGGUACAGAAUACCCAUGCGGGUAACUCCCCAAGUUGCCUCCCCUUUUAAUGUCAUGGGCCCAUGGUUGCAUAGCCAUGCUCUACGCAUUCUCAAUGUUCAUCUCAUGUCAAGAAAUCUUACCCGUCCCUCUCCAUCUACCAUCACCCCGGUCUAUUCAUCAUGUGGACUUGGUUGAAGAAAUGGCGCCAAGAUGACAAGCCAGCUAACCAAAAACAGCGAGCAGAUAGUUUACUACGGCCGCAGGCUCCUCCACCAGUGCAAGAAAGGGCUCAGAGAGGCUGUAAGCACCCAACGAGGCUGCCGAAGCGCAUUGCGAACGCCAUCCAUGGAUUUGUGAAAGGAUACCGCCCGCAAACAAACCCAGCCGCAGAGAUGGCAGACGCAGCCGAAAAGACGAAGAGUGCGUGCGUUGCUACCGUUAUUGCCGUCUUUCCGGAAAUCUGCACUGAUUUCCUCAAAGAGACGGCGUUAAAGUUCCAGUACAAUUCAGAGCAAACCAUCGACGAGAUUUUGAGACUCUUCGAGAUGGGGAAACCGUACCCAAAGAGGUCUUACUCCAAUGCCCUCAAGCGCAAGCGAGAAAUUUCAGAGGACCCAGAUGAAGAGGCCAAUAUUCGUCGUACCUACGAACAUGCCAACCGGGGAAUGGAGUCAAACCCGGAAUACUUAGCUAUAACGAAAAAGGUUCUGAAGCAUGAGUUCCCUGAUGCCACUAUCAAUGGCAUUCGUAAGGUCUUGGCCAGCAAGAGCAACCAGCUGCUGCCAGCGUACGUGGCCAUUGACAUAGCCAUUAGCGAAUUACAAAGGGGGUCGCGUGAGAACAUUCCGGAAGGCUUCUCUUCAACAAAGAGAUCCAGACCUGUGACAGAAACCAAGUACGACGACAUGCAACUGGAUCGCACCAUCGAAGCCACGAACAAUCCGGACGAGAAAAGAGCUCUGCAAGAACUUCAAGCUGCCCGAAAACUGAGAAGCAAACGAAUAAAAGCAUACCUUGACAGUGCUCAGGAGAAGCUCAACUUUGCGAAAGCCUUGGCAGACGGUAAUGUCGUGGAGUGCGGGUGUUGUUUUGGCGAACUCGCUCGGAACCGCGCGGUAAGCUGCCAAAACUUGGAAAACCCUCAUCUCUUUUGUGUUGACUGUGCACGGCGGACUGCUGAACACGCUGUUGGUCAAUCCAAAUAUGAGCUGAUCUGUAUGUCCAUGGACCAAUGUAAGGCAGGGUUUUCCCGAGAACAGCGUCAAAAAUUCAUCAGCGAUCAACUAUCAGCAGCCCUAGACCGCAUCGAGAAUGAGGCUAUCCUCCGGAUGGCGGGUAUAGAAAACUUGGAAACAUGUCCCUUUUGCCCAUACGCUGCCGAAUAUCCACCCAUUGAUACCAAUCGAGAGUUCAGAUGCGACAACCCAGAUUGCCGGAGGGUCAGCUGUCGCCACUGCAAGGAGGAUACACACCUUCCAAAGACGUGCGAGGAGGCUGCGCGCGAUAAAGACAUUGGAGCUCGGCAUCAAAUAGAGGAAGCCAUGUCGGCAGCUCUGAUUCGCAAGUGCAAUAAAUGUGGCACUCCUUUCAUCAAGGAAAUGGGAUGCAAUAAAAUGACCUGUACCGCUGCCAAUUGCAGGAACAUCCAGUGCUACGUCUGUUCCAAAUCCUGCGACUAUAGCCACUUUGACGAUAAGGCAAGGGGCGGAAAGGUGGGCAACUGCCCGCUCUUUGACGUUGUGGAUGUGCAAGUACGCCACGAAUCCGAAGUAAAGGCUGCAGAGGACAAGGCUCGUCGGAAGGUAUUGGAAAGCAACCAUCGCGUUGACAUAGACUUUCUCAAGUUCGACAUGCCAGAGGAUAAGCCUAGAAGGCCCAGAGACCCUCCCAGGAACCAGAGACUAGCAGGAAACCAUCCCCAGGGACAGUCGCCGCCGAGAGUUGUUCAAGCCCCCCCAGUUCAAUUAGCACAGCAAUCUGUCGCCGCUAUGCCGGUUGUUGGACAGAACGUGUUUGGCCGACUGCCAGGCGAUAAUCUCCGUCUGUGGCCUGCACUUCCGCAACAAUACCCAAUUCCCGGGCAGGUCGCGAACCAGGCCAUGUUUCCAGCCCGGCCACCUGCCGAAUACCGAGGGCAUCCAGGGAUGGCAGGCGGUCUUGACUUUCCUGCUGCGCAAUAUCAACCCAGACUUCAACAACCGCAGCCGCAGCCUGUAGCUAUGCCGGGGGCUUUGAACAUGCCUUACCCGUUAAACUUUCCGUUUUUCAACCAGCAAAAUCCGAACCGGCUUCAGCCCGUGGGGCCAGCAGCACCGUUUGGACCGGCCGAUAGAGCCCCGCCUCGGCCUGCACCGGCACCGCUGGAACCGAAGAGGCAGAAUCAUCGCAACAAGGGCACACGGCGUCCUGCGAACAAUCCCGAAAUGCCGAAAGCCGAUGUACAGUCUGUGCGUUUGCCACAACAUCCACAAAUAGAGCAACAGGGCCAGCAGAUGAACGAGGGGCAGCUCUCCCCUCGACCUGAAGCAUGGCCUCCAACAGGUCCCGCCCCGAAUCCCAAUAAGCAGGCCGCGCAAGAGUCUCGCAAUCUCGCGGCAAAUCAGCAUGCGCAGCUAGCUCCAGAAGACCGACAGCCCUGGCAAGCCCUGCAAGCUCGACUGCAAGCCCAGGAUGCCCAGUUUGUUCGACGGGAUGCCGAGCGAGCUCAGCAGCAAGCUCAGAAUCAGAAGCAAGCUACGGGAGAUCAACAAGUCUGGCAGAUCCCAGACCAACCCGCAAUCGUCCAAGAGCCCGAUGGUCGCGAUAUGUCUACCCGAUGGAGAGAAAGGAUGAUGGUACCCAAGCGCAUCGAAUCCCAUCGUGCCAUACAAGGUGAAGCUAUCCAAGAAGAGAAGGGUGCAAUGGAUAUUCAAGAACGAGCAAACCGUGGGGUCAACGGCUUGAACCCAAACCCGCCGAAACAGCCACCGGCCCCAGAUCGUCCAAACUGGUUGAUGCCAGCCGGCCCCCAAGGGGUAUUGAUCCAUCUAGCACCCAUGCGACAAAAAGCAGCAGCCGCUGGAGCUGCAGGGAGCAGCGACGAGCCUUUGGAACUGGAUUAACAACCGCCUUUCCCCAUUUUCAUUCGAUGCAUUUCACAUUCUCUCU